GCAAGGAGGAGAGGACCCGCCCAUCCGUGUGAGAGCAGCAGUGUGUGAGCAGGACGUUCUCACAAAGCACAACAACACGUCUGGAGCUCCGCAGCAACUACUUUCCACUGCAGGAUUACAACUUUUCAUUUGGUCGCGCUCAGGGUGAACCCAGGAGGCAAAUAACAUCAGAAGAAGGAAUCAAAAAGUCUAAUCUGAGCGUCUUCAGGCGGCGGAAGGAUGCAAACUGCCGCUGCGCCCAGUGCUGUGGCGCCCCCUGCUGUGUGACGGAGGGACAGGACGAGGCCGCGAUGGGCACCGUGGUGGAGGAGGGCAUGAACGUGGUCAUCGUGGGCCACUACAACCACUCGGGCAAGUGGGAGCGGCCCCGCAGCGGCGGCGCCUGCAAGAUGGCGGUGCUGCUCUUCAUCUGCGUGCUCAUCGUGUUGGAGAACGUGACGGUGCUGCUCGCCCUCUGGAGGAACAAGCGCUUCCACAGCCGCAUGUACUUCCUCAUCGGGAACCUGGCGCUGUCCGACCUGCUGGCCGGCGUGGCCUACGUGGUGAACAUCUUCACCUCAGGAAGGAACACCUUCUUCCUGACUCCGGCGCAGUGGCUGGUGAGGGAGGGGAGCAUGUUCGUGGCGCUCAACGCCUCCACUUUCAGCCUGCUGGCCAUCGGCAUCGAGAGGCACAUGACCAUGGUGCGCCUGCGCCCGUGCGAGACGGCGAGCAGGGGGAGGCUCCUGGGCCUGCUGGUGGCAUGCUGGUUGGUGUCGGUGCUCCUGGGCGCCUUGCCCAGCCUCGGGUGGAACUGCUUGGACAGCAUGAACUCCUGCUCCACCGUGCUGCCUCUCUACGCCAAGAGCUACGUCGCCUUCUGCAUCAGCGUCUUCAGCGCCCUGCUGGUGGCCAUCGUCAUCCUCUACAUCAGGAUCUACCGCCUGGUGACCUCCAGCGGACGUCGGGUGAGCAGCAGACCGUCGGAGUGCUCCCUGGCUUUGCUGAGGACGGUGGUGAUUGUCCUCGGGGUGUUCCUGGUGUGCUGGGCGCCGCUCUUCCUGCUGCUGCUGCUGGACGUGGGCUGCGGCCCCGCCAGGUGCCCCAUCCUCUACCAGGUGGACUGGUUCAUCGCCCUGGCGGUGCUCAACUCGGCCCUCAACCCUCUCAUAUACACGCUCUCCAGCAGGGAGAUGAGGGCCGCCUUUUUCCGCCUGCUGUGCUGCUGUCAGAGCGGCAUGGAGCCCGCCGGGACGCCCGUGGCGGGUAACCGGCACCCGGGCGCCGCCGCGCCAACCGCGGAGAACAGCAAGAGCAGCGUGGCGGGAGGAGGGGGCAGCGGGGCGGGGAAGAGAUCCAUGCCUGUCAACUCGGACGUGAAGCACGGAGAUCCUUCCGCCACUGCCUUGCCUCACCCCGCUGGACCUGCUGACCUGCUGUCGGCGGUACUGGUGAAGGCGGGGGCGCUCAGCAAGUUCUGAGAGGGGCGGAGCUCGAUAGGCGCCACACUAGUAGGUACACCCCGACAACGGAAACAUUAUUAUCUAGAAUAACCCUAGCACAACGCCGUACCGGGCCCCGAUGCAAGUGGUCUGUAACGGCAAACGUGAGUGUUUCUGCUACUUUAUUUCAUGUAGAAGUCCUCGUCCAGCACCAUCACACCACCGACAAACACUUCCCAUGCCUGGGGGACGUAACGCCACUCUUGACACAUCAAAACAUACAUUCUUUUAUCCAAUAAAGCUAAAAAAAACAAAAACAAACUUCAUUAAAAGGCCCAUAAAAUGAAUGAUACUCCCCAGACCUGCAAAAUGGUUUGUCUUUGUGCCAGCCAGGGGUGUCCAAACUUUUGGUAUUUUGUAAAGCAACACAUAAUAGAUAGAUAUGCUAAGAAGUUAUUAUUAUAAUAUUAUUAUUAUUAUAAUAAUAUUAUUAUUGUUUAUUUCAUGAAAAACCUACGUUUCAGCUUUGUCAAAUAGGCGAAAAAACCCACAUUAUUCAUAUCAACUUCACUCUUUGCUCUUUUCUUCUCAUUUUUGCUUGUUUUUUUUUACCCAAAAAUAUUUAAACUUUCUUCUUAAAUAAUUUUUGGAAAUAUAUUUUUUGUAAUAUUUUGACUUUAUUCCCAUAAUAUAAUCAAUGUAUUCCUAUAAUAUUAUAAAUGUAUUACCAUAAUAUUUGACUUUAUUCCCAUACUAUUAUGAAUUUAUUCCUAUGAUAUUAUAAAUUUAUUCCCAAACAUUUUUGACAUUAUUCCCAUAAUAUUAUGAAUUUAUUCCUAUAAUGUGAUAUGUUUACUCCCAUAAUAUUAUGACUUUAUUCCCAUAAUAUUUUGAAUUUAUUCCUAUAAUAUUGUGACUUUAUUCCCAUAAAAUUUUGAAUUCAUUCCUAUAAUAUUAUGACUUUAUUCCCAUAAUAUUUUGAAUUUAUUCCUAAAAUAUUAUGACUUUAUUCCAAUAAUAUUUUGAAUUUAUUCCUAUAAUAUUCUGACUUUAUUCCCAUAA